GUAUUUUGAAUCGAGAAACACGUGUUGCCAAAUUGGUGGAAGCCAUUUCAAAUGCACAUUCUCCCUAGAACAUGAAGAAGCAAAUGUUCUUCACUUCCUUUUUUUUCUUCUUUUUCUCUUUUGUUCCUUAGAAACCCCUCCAUGAAGAAUGUCAAUGUUCUGUUUUCUAGACACCCUUCAACACAUUGAUUGUGUUUAAAGCAACUAGGCCUAUUAAUUAAUCCAUAUAUACAUGCCCCUUUUUUCCUUUGCCUUUCUGCUUUGGCUUCUUUUUGUGAUUGGAACAGUAUUGUGGAAUCAAAAGAGGGUCCCUUGCGCAUUUUGAUUAAAUAUGUGAUCCAAGUCCAUGAAUAAGCUUGGUUGCUAUGGGGUGGUUGGAUUCCCUGUUUGGGGAAGGACGAAAAGUUAUUAAAAGGAAGGACAGUGAUGCUGGAGAAGCAGGUAGAGCACUGGAGGAGAUAAGAGGUUCUUUGUACAAUGAGCUCCGGACCUCAGAAGGAGCCAAGCGCCAACAACAAAGAUACUGUGGACCAACGGUGGCAUUGACCUUCAACUUCAUGGUUGCAGUUGGGAUUAUCAUGGCAAACAAAUUGGUAAUGGGAAAAGUUGGCUUCAACUUCCCAAUUUUCCUCACAUUUGUUCACUACAUCACCGCAUGGCUUCUACUUGCCAUUUUCAAGGCACUCGCGGUGCUUCCCGUCUCUCCUCCAUCUAAAACAACUCCAUUUUCUUCUAUAUUUGCACUUGGAGCUGUUAUGGCUUUUGCAUCUGGCCUUGCAAACACAAGCCUCAAGUAUAACAGUGUUGGUUUCUACCAAAUGGCUAAGAUUGCUGUUACCCCAACAAUUGUUCUAGCAGAGUUCAUUCUUUUUGGGAAAACCAUUUCUUUUAAAAAGGUUUUGGCUUUGGCUGUGGUAUCAGCAGGUGUAGCAGUUGCAACUGUGACAGAUUUAGAGUUCAAUUUUUUUGGUGCUAUAGUUGCAGUUAUAUGGAUAAUCCCAAGUGCCAUAAACAAGAUUUUAUGGUCUACCUUGCAACAACAAGGCAAUUGGACAGCUCUCGCAUUGAUGUGGAAGACCACACCAAUCACAGUUUUCUUCCUAGUGGCAUUGAUGCCAUGGAUAGAUCCACCAGGAAUCUUAUCCUUCAAGUGGGAUGUAAACAACUCAACUACCAUUAUGGUAUCUGCUCUCCUUGGUUUUCUCUUACAGUGGUCUGGUGCCUUGGCAUUGGGGGCUACUUCUGCUACAACCCAUGUUGUUUUAGGACAGUUUAAGACUUGUGUCAUUCUGCUGGGAGGCUAUCUAUUAUUCAAGUCAGAUCCUGGGGUUAUAAGCAUAAGUGGAGCUGUUGUUGCUCUCUCUGGAAUGUCAAUUUACACAACAUUAAACCUGCAAGAGUCUCAGGAAAGUACAAGCAAGCAGCUUCCAAAGCAAGUUUCACCACCUCCCCAAAAGCCUAAAUCAGCUAAUGAAGACAGUGAAGAUUUGAAUGUAAAUAUUACUUCCGUUGUUGUCUGAGUCAUACAAUGCAUGUCUGGAAACUCUUCUACAAUUGAUUCUGGUUUCAUAAUUGAUUAUGAUCAAAGAGAAGUUGAUCCAAACAUGCUAAUAAUUUGAGUACCACCAGUAAAGCAAAGUUUUUUCUCA